UGAAAAUCGUCCUUAGAGUUAUAUAAAGAGAGACAACUCUUCAUUGACAAAUUUCUUAUUUCAAUAAAAAUCACGUAGUACGUGGAUUGUUAUUACAUUUCUUGUAAAACAGCGCCAUCUUGCCUCGUAACUUCUAAUUCGUCAGUGCCUGUGAAUGGACUUGUCAUAAGAGUUUUAUGUUAUUUUGUUUCUUAUUUCCGUUGAAAUUAGUGCAUUAAAUUUCCAGUAUAUAUUACGUGCAGUAUUACAAAGUCACGCCCGAGCAUGAGAAAGCAUAGAUAGUUUCGAAAUUGACAUAUCACGCAUUUUCAUGGAUUAGUCUUGCACCUAAGCCAGUUUUAAUAACACGGCUUUUUUAAAGGAGAAUUUGAAUCCUCCACUAUAUCAACUCUAGGAUUUUAUUGUGAUUCGAAAAGUGUUUGGGAGUUUUCUAUAUUUGUGGACAAGAACUAGCUUCAUCAACGACCCCAGCCAUAUUUCAUAUGCCAACAAUGGCUAUGCAGAAGAUGAGAAGACAAGGUCAAGACGUCAUGCAGGUGAAUUUGGCAGGUAUCAGGCGAGAUAUUGUUAAUCUUGCCCAUAACUAUAGCAAUGCUCAGAAAGCUGUACGCAAAGCCACCAGUAAUGAUCCUUGGGGUCCAAGUAGUACUCUUAUGGCAGAAAUUGCAGAUUUAACAUAUAAUGUUGUGGCUUUUACUGAGAUUAUGCAAAUGUUAUGGAAAAGAUUAAAUGAUCAUGGUAAAAAUUGGCGACAUGUGUACAAAGCUUUAGUUCUUCUAGAAUAUCUUAUUAAAACAGGCACAGAAAAAGUUGCACAGCAAUGUAAAGAAAAUAUUUUUGCCAUCCAAACAUUGAAAGAUUUCCAAUACAUGGAAGGAUCUAAGGAUCAAGGAGUGAAUGUAAGAGAAAAAGCAAAGCAACUAGUGGCCUUAUUAAAAGAUGAUGAAAGAUUAAGAAAUGAAAGAGCUAGAGCAUUGAAAGCAAAAGAAAGAUUUGCACAAUCAGUUAGUGGAUUUGGUAGUGAUGGUUUAGACACUAUGUCACCUGUAAGCAGCGAUUUUCAGGAUUGGGAGCCAUGUCGCCUGGGAUCUGAAACUACAACUAGACGUAAGACUGAAUUAGAAGCUGCAAGACCACAAACGGUAGGUGAAGAAGAAUUACAGUUACAAUUAGCUUUGGCGAUGUCGAGAGAAGAAGCAGAACAAGAAGAACAAAGAAGACGUAGUGAUGACGUCAGAUUGCAAUUAGCUCUUAGUCAAAGUCAGCAAGAUUUUAAAGCGCCGCAAACUGAGAAACAAAGUCAUAUGUUAGAUUUGUUGGAUGUAAACUUAGAAGAAGCAUGUGGAUACAAUGUAAAAACCGACCCUUGGGGUAUACCAAUUACGCCACCUCCGCCAAGACCUCAACCACAAAACGAUCCGUGGAGCGUUCCUACAACAAGCAGUACAUCACCUGCGAUAGAUCCAUGGGCUCCCAUUCCAUCGCAGAAACCAACUGCUACAGCUGAUUCCUGGCGGGCACCUCCAUCAUCGCCUGUAACAGUUACAACUUCGCCUAGCACAGAUCCUUGGUCACCAAUACCUUCUGCUACUACUACUGCUACUGAAGCUGAUACAAAUAAAAAGCCGGCUACUCGAGAAGGUAUGACAUCUGCAUCUCCAUCUUUUAACAAUCCUACCUUAACGCAAAACAUUGGUUUUGCGGCGCAAUCGCCACAAAACAUAGGCUUUAAUCUGCCUACAACUUCAACAGCUACAUUCAAUACAACUAAUAACGACUUCAACGGUACUGGCCCUAGUCUUAACAACUUUUCCAUUGGAAAUCAGACCAGUUCUGCAGCCAGUCCACUGAGCGAUUUAGAUGAAUUUGAUGUAAUUACUAACAGGAAUAAACCUGGAUCUAGUCUGCAAACCGCGAAUAACGUAAGUACGCUAUCACCAGAUCCGUUUGAUUUGGGGAGUAUAGCAGAAACUCUUCCCACUAGUACAGGAGCUGUUAAAAAAACACCACAAUCGUUUCUCGGAGAGAACUCUGCUCUCGUUAAUCUUGAUAAUCUUGUCAGUACCUCCGCGAUCAAAUCAGCAACGCCUACUCCUGCAGCAACGAUGUCAUACUCAGCAAAUCCGUUUGCGACGGCAACACCACCACCCCGUCCUACAAUUAACCAGAUUCGACAAGAUCCUUGGGCAGCGAAUACAACUACUACAGCGAAUCCGUUCCUUUCGUAGCUUGAUGACUAUUGUUGAAGGUGUCAGUCGAAAAUCAAGAGCACUGCGGUCUAAAAAGUAUUCGACAUUUUUAGCGCUAACCCUGUACGGUAUAAGUAUCUCGCACGUUAUGAAGUAGCUUUAUUUCAAGAUACAAAUAACAAAGAGAUAACAAAGUGUCGAAUCGGUAACAAGAAAAGGAUUUAAAAAGGUGCGCUGAUAUAAUCUGGUUAAUCUAUUUGGACCGAUGAUAAAUAAUGCAAUAAAUAACUAUGUCUUUAAAGACACAACUAACAUUAAUAUUUAUUUCCGUAUGAUUAAUGAAAAAUCUAUAAAACAUUUCUCUACAUAUUUUUCUUUACUGUACAAAAAUGUUCGUAUCUGCUAUAAUUCUAUUAUUUGUAUUUUAUUGCAUACUAACGACGGAGGAACUAUCUAUAACCAGAAGGUAACAUAUAAUAAAUGAAAUAAAAGUUACAAGACAGAUAAUACUUCAAUUUCGGACGUUUAAGCGCUCCCAAGGUACAAGAAAUUUUAUAAGAACUUUUUCCAUUUGUAGUAUAUUUUUUUAAGUGCAAUUCAAAUUGGUCAUAGGAAAUCAUUGAACAAGAUUUUCAUUGUGCUGUAGACUAUAAAAUAACAUUAAUAUCACGAUCAUUUCCUUUAUUUUGUAUUUAUAUACAUGCUUUUCUACAGCUAACGAGAUCGUGAGACUGUAUCGUGAUUUUCAGAAGUAUAUUAUAUCGAACAGGGUUCUUCAAUUUGUGUUAUACGCUUAAUGUGACGUGCAUUGAUUGUGAUUCGUAAAAAUAUUGGUGUCAUAGCAUGCCUUUUCUGACUAAUACUCAUCUUGCAAAAAGAGAGUGUGUGCUAGUAAACAAAUCUUUUGCUAAUUGAUUACUUGGUUUAAUAAUAUCUUGGGUUAUUUGCAGAUGAGAUGAUUGUGCAGUUUUAUGGUUGCAAAAUUAAUUAUAUCAUCUUCUAAUAUCGUUAAAAUACAUACGUAUGUACAAUUUAGUUAUGAAAUUUUACGCAUUUGGUUUGGGCGAUUACCGAAGAUAUUUUCAUAGGCUUUAUAUGCACUGCAGAAAACUAACCACAACUAAAAAAAAGAGCGUAGCUAAAAAAAAUGCAUUUUCUAUUAAUGAUAAAUCGGUGCAUUUUAAUGUUUUACGGGGAUGUAUUACGAACGUGUAAACUUAUGUUGGUUUUUGUAGGUAUUUUAGAAAUUUUUGAAAGAAAUUGUCUUACGCGGUGUCUUUAUUCAUUCGACUGUCGAAUUUAAUGAAGCAACAUGGUCUGAUAAUGAAGAAGUGCAUUAACUUUCUUUAUACGCAAAACAAUUUACAAUUGUACCUUGAUUUAUAUAAAGAAAAAGAUUGUAAAUAUGUUAUAGCAUAUCGUUCCCCAAUUGUCAAGUCUUUCCCUUCAACGUGUAGGAUAUUCUAAACAAAAUCUAAAACUGCUUUUUUACAUCUGUUAUUUUUUAAUCUUUGAGGAAAUUGUUGCUGAGUUUGUCAUUUUAUAUAAUGUGAAUGUUUUUCACGUGUUUUAUGACUAUCACUGUGACCCCAUGAAAAAUACGAAUUACUUUGCUAAGAAAAUAAUUAAUAAUCAAUACAUAUUUAUUAAUAACUUUUAAAAGAGCAACCUUACUGAUAGUCCUAAUGUCAACUCAGCAUUUCCUUUUUAAAGAUAUCCAUGCAUUUUACAAUUUUAUACAAAGAAACAGUUUCGUACAUUUAAUGAUUGGCAAAGGGGAACUAUAUUUGUCUGCUUGUCCUAAGUAAAUUAGACAUGAGCUGCAAGGUUAAAAUUUUGUUAAGUAAUUAUUGCUUAAAUAAUUCCAUUGUAUUAUUCUUCGAUAAAUUAAUAAUUUUCCUUCAUUAUGCAUUUUCAAUGUACUUGCUUAUAUGAUUGAAACUGUAUAUUUAAUACAUAUUUAUCCGGAUGUUCGCGAAACGAUGAAGUUAGAAUUAUAUAAUAGUAUUUAAAUUCACUUAAUUCAAAAUCAAAAAAGAAAAGAUUGACUAAAUGAUCUAUAUUCACUGCUUUUAUAGAAAAAGCACUGAUUGUCAUGUUUAAUGGAUGUAAUACCUUAGUGUUUUCAAUGAGUAAGACACAUCUUUUUUAAGAUAAUAACAAAAAUAUUUUAUUUUUCUAUAUGUAUAUGAUAUGAUGCACCAGCUUCAUUUUUACGCGAACAAUGGAACACUGUUUAGUUUUUAGAAUUGGUGUAAGUGCAGAGAAAAUUUAAUGAACAUUUAUGAAUGAAAUUAUAUAUUUUAGUAGAUUAUAUUAUUAUUAAUAUUAUUAUUAUUAUACAAAUAAAUGUAAAAAUUUUUAA